CUUACCGCCCCCGUCGCAUUACAGCCGAAUCCUAUUUGACACUGUUGAUGAUUUCUUUAUUUGGGUAGCGUUUCUUGAUUUCGCAGGAUGAUGGGGGUGGACUGGGAUGGGGGUGUGGAUGAGCCUUUGAAUGGGGGUGUUGUGUACGUCGCGCGUGUGCGUGUACAGAGUGGGGGGAUAUACAGUAGCAUAGGUACUUUUCCGCAUCUGACUUCGCUGAAUUAUUCAUUUUCCGCGUCAGCUCAGCCCCCGAUCUCCCUUUUCUGAAUAUCAGAGCACGUCGUUGGAGAUUUUUUUUCCAGGAUGAACAGUGGAGCAAAGCUCAGAUCGCGGACUGACAAUCCUUCGAAUUGUGGAGCCCCACAAAACCAGUUUGCCGAGCGCUCUGACACUUCCGGCGGUAAGUCGAGUAAGGAUAUACAAUGACUGCGUUUUUUUACUGUAAGUGGCAUUGCUGUCGUCGUGCGGUUGCGCUGCCGCUCGCUUUCACAGCGCGAUCCCCCCUGCCUGUUGGCUGUCUCUUCGUUUCCUUCUCUCUAGCGCUCAUUGCUGGAAAGCUUAACUCUCGUACUGGGUCGCCCCCUCCAACUGCUUGUGGCACGUCGCUAUUUAUUGCUGCUUAUUUACUUUGGGAUGACAACCUCCUGUAAGAUAAGGUCCUGUCAGAAAAGUCUUUUUUAUCAUCCGUUUGCUGGACUGCAUUCAGUUAAACCUGGAGCUCAGAUGAAACUGUUCCGGGAGCCGAGGGGUCUGAAAUUGUGGGAGCUUUGCGUGGAAUGAAAAAAAGCCAGCCGUUGUGGCUUUGGCAGCUGGUUGUUAAGCGACAUAAGGGAGGAUUUAAGAAGAUGCUGCUCUUGGUUUUGUUGGCUUGUUCCGUACCCAGUGCAUUCCCCGACCCGGAUUCUGGCCUCACGGCAGAGACCUGCAGUGCUUGUUCUUGCAUGUCCGUUGAAAAUGUCCUUUAUGUGAACUGUGAAAACGUAGCUGUGUACAGACCCACUCAGCUUAAACCCCCACCCUCUAACUUUUAUCACCUUAAUUUCCAAAACAACUUGCUUAUGAUCCUUUACUCCAAUUCUUUUUUGAACUUCUCGCAUGCUGUGUCCCUGCAGCUGGGGAACAACAAAUUACAAAACAUUGAGGGAGGGGCUUUUUAUGGACUCAGUGCAUUAAAACAGCUGCACUUAAACAACAAUGAAUUAAAGGUGCUCAGAGCUGACACUUUCUUGGGCAUUGAAAACUUGGAAUACCUCCAGGCUGACUACAAUUUAAUCAAGACUAUUGAACGGGGCGCCUUCAAUAAGUUGCAUAAACUGAAAGUGCUUAUUCUUAAUGACAAUCUGAUUUCUUUCCUCCCUGAUAACAUAUUCCGGUUUGCUUCUUUGACCCAUUUGGAUAUUAGAGGCAACAGGAUUCAGAAGUUACCCUACAUUGGGGUGUUGGAACAUAUCGGACGGAUUGUUGAAUUACAGCUAGAGGAUAACCCUUGGAAUUGCACUUGUGAUUUGUUACCCCUGAAAGCUUGGCUGGAGAAUAUGCCCUAUAACAUUUACAUAGGAGAAGCAAUCUGUGAGACUCCUAGUGAUUUGUAUGGCAGACUUCUAAAGGAGACCAAUAAACAAGAACUAUGUCCCAUGGGAACUGGGAGUGACUUUGAUGUACGCAUGCCGCCCCCUCAGCUGGAAAAUGGACCAGUUACGUCAAAUGUUGCACCCACUACAGUUCAACACUCUGUAACCAAAGCACCCAAAACAACCAACCCUUCAAAAAUAUCAGGAAUCAUUGCCCGAGAGGGUCCACCCAGCAGUAGAAAUGUUAGUCAAAUCGUACCUUAUCAAACCAAAAUCCCACCACUGACACCCUGUCCACUUCCUUGUACCUGCAAAGCCCAUCCUUCGGAUUUUGGCAUCAGUGUGAGUUGUCAAGAGAGGAAUAUUGAAAAGCUGUCUGAUCUCAUGCCUAAGCCCCAAAAUGCCAAGAAGCUAUACUUAAGUGUCAACCAGAUUAAAGAAAUCACCCCUUCCAGUUUCCUUGGGUUUGAAGGCCUAGAUCUGCUACAUCUGGGUAGCAAUCAAAUAGUGGUUGUUCAAAAGGGAGUAUUUGCAAAUCUAACCAAUCUGAGGAGGCUUUAUCUGAAUGGCAAUCACAUAGAAAGGCUGUAUCCUGAAAUGUUCAUUGGGCUCACCAAUCUCCAAUAUUUGUACUUGGAAUACAAUGAAAUUAAAGAGGUUUUAGCAGGGACAUUUGACUCCAUGCCAAACCUCCAGCUUUUGUAUCUGAACAGUAAUAUGCUGAGAAGUCUCCCAGCUUACAUAUUUGCCGGUGUUUCCUUGUCCAAGCUGAAUCUGAAGAACAAUCACUUCAUGUAUUUGCCUGUAAGUGGCGUUCUAGACCAGCUGAGGUCCUUGACACAAAUCGACCUGGAAGACAACCCAUGGGAUUGUACGUGUGAUUUAGUAGCUUUAAAGCUAUGGCUUGAAAAGCUGAAUGAGGGCAUUGCUUCCAAAGACAUAAAAUGUGCAUCUCCAGUUCAGUUUGCAAACAUAGAAUUAAGGCAACUGAAAAAUGAAAUCUUGUGCCCGAAACUGCUAAUUAAGCCUCCUUUCAUUCUGACCAGUCCCACUCCUACCAUUACAUCAACUUCGUCCUCUGGAUUAGGUAAGGCACCUCCUGGUGGACCUGUGCCCCUGUCUAUCAUGAUUCUCAGCAUUUUAGUCGUGCUCAUUUUAACAGUGUUUGUGGCAUUUUGUUUGCUGAUCUUUGUGCUGAGGCGUAACAAAAAGCCUGCUGGGAGGCAUGAAGGUUUAGGCAACCAGGAAUGCAAUUCAAUGCAACUUCAGCUUAGAAAGCAUGACCACAAGUCUAAUCGAAAAGAUGAAUUGGGCGGAGAGACCUUUAUACCACAAACCAUCGAAAACAUGAAUAAAAGCCACACCUGUGGGUUAAGAGAUUCUGAAUCAGGCUUAAAAUUUGCAGACUCUCAGAGGCAAAAAAUAAUUCUUAGGAGUAGCACUGACAAAGACAAAGAUUCACUGCAUGGGAUGGACUCCAGAAAGCGGCUAAGUACUAUUGAUGAAAUGGAAGAAUUCCUUCCAGGAAGGGAUUCCAACCUUUAUAUUCAAAAUUUUUUUGAAAAUAAAAAGGAUUUUAACAGUAUAGGGGUUAGCGGUUUUGAAAUCCGCUAUCCGGAUAAACAGCAGGACAAGAAAAUGAAAAAAUCUUUGAUAGGUGGCAACCACAGCAAGAUUGUGGUGGAGCAAAGGAAAGGCGAGUAUUUUGAAUUAAAAGCAAAACUCCAAGGCUCUCCAGACUACCUGCAAGUGUUAGAGGAACAGACAGCUUUGAAUAAAAUGUAGUUUAUUCAGUUCUUCGAUAAAUAAUUUUUUAUUGACGAAAGUGCCUUUGUUGAUUUUAAACUUCCAGAAAGCUAUAAAAUGGACAGGUAUCCCAGGGGCAACUGAAAAUGCAGCCACAUUAUCUAGUAUGGUGGCUGUUUACAAAUACAAUA